GUGGAACUUGUUAAAAAGAAAAAACAAAGAAACAUGGUUGCUUUGCCUUUUUAGGGUUUCGCUUGCUCUCGUGCUUCUUCCCCGCGUUUACUGUGGUCGUUCAUCUCUUGCCUGUCGAUCGCCAACAACUGCGGCGGCUUCUUCCCCUCGAUUCUCUAGCGUUCAUCUCUUUCCUGUCGAUCGUUAUCAUCUGCGGAGAUGUCGCUGAGGCCAAGCGCUCGAGCGGAGGUCCGCCGAAAUAAGUACAAAGUAGCGGUGGACGCGGAGGAGGGGCGGCGGCGGAGGGAGGAUAACAUGGUCGAGAUCCGUAAGAGUAAGCGGGAGGAGAACCUCCAGAAGAAGCGUCGCGAAGGCAUGCAAGUUCAGCCCUUCCCCACCUCUAUCCAAUCUUCAACCGUCGAGAAAAAGCUAGAGAGUCUUCCGGCUAUGAUUUCCGGGGUUUGCUCGGAAGACAGCUCGUUGCAGCUUGAAGCAACAACGCAGUUUCGUAAAUUACUAUCAAUAGAACGCAGCCCUCCCAUUGAGGAGGUUAUCCAGUCUGGUGUUGUUCCCCGUUUUGUUGAGUUUCUUACAAGAGAUGACUUUCCGCAGCUUCAGUUUGAAGCUGCUUGGGCACUUACCAACAUUGCCUCAGGGACCUCAGAUAAUACCAAAGUUGUGAUAGACCAUGGGGCUGUACCUAUAUUUGUUAGGCUUCUUCGUUCUCCAAGUGAUGAUGUGCGAGAGCAGGCUGUAUGGGCAUUGGGGAAUGUUGCUGGUGAUUCUCCGAAGUGUCGGGAUCUAGUUCUUGCCAAUGGUGCAUUGAUGCCACUGCUGGCUCAGCUGAAUGACCAUGCUAAGCUUUCCAUGCUUAGGAAUGCCACAUGGACUUUAUCAAAUUUUUGCAGGGGGAAGCCGCAACCCAACUUUGAGCAGACAAAGCCCGCUCUCCCUGCACUUAAACACCUCAUUCAUUCUACUGAUGAAGAAGUCCUCACUGAUGCAUGCUGGGCUCUCUCAUAUCUUUCUGAUGGUACAAAUGACAAAAUCCAAUCUGUAAUUGAAGCUGAAGUUGUGCCUCGGCUGGUUGAACUUCUAUACCAUCCAUCACCUUCAGUUCUAAUUCCUGCUCUUCGCACUGUUGGCAACAUUGUUACUGGAGAUGAUAUUCAAACACAGUAUGUCAUCGGCAACGGAGCUCUUCCAUUCCUUCUGAAUCUGCUGACACAGAGUUAUAAGAAAAGUAUUAAGAAGGAGGCUUGCUGGACUAUCUCAAACAUUACUGCUGGAAAUAAAGAGCAAAUACAGGCUGUGAUUGAGGCUAAUAUUAUUGGCCCUCUGGUAGAUUUGCUUCAAAACGCAGAGUUUGAUAUUAAGAAAGAGGCUGCAUGGGCCAUCUCAAAUGCCACUUCUGGAGGCACCCAUGAUCAGAUAAAGUUUUUAGUUACUCAGGGCUGCAUCAAGCCCUUGUGUGAUCUUCUCGUCUGCCCUGACCCCAGAAUUGUAACGGUCUGUUUGGAAGGUCUUGAGAAUAUCCUUAAAGUUGGCGAGGCCGAGAAGAACCUUGGAACCACCGGAGGGGUGAACCUUUAUGCUCAGAUGAUUGAUGAAGCUGAAGGUCUGGACAAGAUUGAAAAUCUCCAGAGCCAUGACAACACUGAGAUUUAUGAGAAGGCUGUAAAGAUACUGGAGACUUACUGGUUGGAAGAGGAGGAUGAGGCCAUGCCGGCUGGAGAUUCUGCUCAGACUGGAUUCAACUUUGGUGCCAAUGAACAGUACUCUGUUCCUUCUGGUGGAUUCAAAUUUGGCUAGAGGGGAACUUCUGGUUCCAAGUUGUACAAGACAUCUCAGCUAUCUUGAAGAUUGGGGAUUGUUGGUGUGCGGUGCGUCCUGUUGAGUCGGUCGAGGUCCAGUCCGGUUAUAUUCGUCCUGGCGUCCAGUUUGUCGUGGUUGAUCGAUGCAGGAUGGGCGUCGAUAAACCCUUUUGGUUUUUUGGAAGGUGGGGGGGUUCAUCCUGGUGCUCUUAUGUUUUCUAUGGUGAGGAUUUUCAGAUGUGUGGAUCUGAUGUAAUGGUUAGCUUUAGCAUCUUUUGUUCUUCACCUUAGUUACUGCCUGAUAUUAUUUUUAAGAUUAUUUUUAGAUUUUAUAGAUGGUCUACGUUCUGGUUUGUUUAUUCCAUUACAGUGUUUGUAUUAUGGUUCAUUAUUAUGCAUAAA